AUGGAAAUCCCCCCCAACUACUGUGACGACCCGCGCUUUAGCAGGACCUUUGUGCUGCCACCGAACCCAGCCAACGGUCGACCCAACCCAUUCACAGUCAAGUAUGCUGACUACGGCUAUCGCAAUGAGGCCCAUCCCGAAGAGGGGAUUGUCCUGCUCGUCUUCGGAUCUAUGCUGGCGUCCCGCCUGGUACACAUCCCCAAGGACGAGGUUGCCAAGAAGCACAAGGUCCGCGUCAUCAAUCCGGACAGGCCAGGCAUAGGGGGCACCGAUGCUGUUGCCGUGGACGACAUGCUUCCUCGGUGGUCGGAGACGAUGGCCGCUCUGCUAGUGCACCUUGGCAUAAAGCACGUGGCCUUGAGCUGCCACAGCGGCGGCACACUUUUUGCUCUAGAUCUACUGCUGCGCCACCCAGAGAUUCUGAGCCCGGACAGGCCGUAUCUGGCGAUCGGCGCGCCGUGGAUCAGACCUGCCCACACGACGUCGACGCUCAUGUCCGUCGUCCAGGUCCUUCCUGGGGCCGUCGUCGGCAAGCUGAACAAAUUUGCCCGUUUUUUUAACCAGCACCUCAGUCCGGUCCUGGGCGCUGCGGUUGGUGCCAGCCAGGCUUUCGUGUCCACGGUGACGUCCGCAGCCUCGAGCGGUAGCACUAGCGAUGCGGCUGGCGAUAUGGAACGUGAGGGUGCCAGAUUUGAAGUCGACGUGUGGCCGACGCUGCUGAAGCGCAUCUACGUUGAAGGCAUUGAGGGCAUCUCAUCGGAGGCGCUGCUGUUCACGCGUAAGAGCGACGGCGGUGCAGCUUCUGGUUGGAGUGACUGGGGGGACUACGACGUGCUGGUCCCACGCCUGGUCACCGCUCUGCGCAGCGCAGGCAGACGUCUUGUCGUCGAUGUAUUCUACGCCGAGACAGACUACAUGAUUGGGGAUGGAGGUACCAAGGGUCCGCUGUGGUUUGACCAGUGCUGGGACGCAGAACAUCGCGGCGACGUUGUCGACUAUAGCUCCACUGUUAUCAAGGGUGCCGAUCACGAUCGGAUUUGGGAUCUCAGAUGGGGUGUUGCGCAGCAAGUGUUUGAGACAAUUGGCCAAACAGGUCUCGGGAACGAGGGUAUUCUGAAGAAAAUUGACAGUCUUCGAGCGGCCAAUGUGGGCACGCUCAUACCUCUUCCUCAGCUCAUCGUGGUCGGAGACCAGUCGUCCGGCAAGAGCUCGGUCCUCGAAAGCCUGACUGGCUUCUCGUUCCCCCGUGCACCUGGUCUCUGCACCCGCUAUGCGACGCAGAUCACCUGUUCGCGCGAGGCCCGCAAAAAAGUGUCGAUCUCCAUUAUCCCUCGCCCUCAUGCGGAAGAUUCCCUCAAGCGACGUCUUCAGGACUUCCGCCGGGUUCUAGACGGCCUGGAAAACGAUCACCUCACCAGGGUGUUUGAAGAGGCGAACGCUGCUAUGGGGAUCCGUAUGAGCGCGAGUGACGAUUCUCAAACGGCCUUUAGCGAGGACAUUCUCAAGAUUGAGAUAAGUGGUCCUGAUCAAGUCCAUCUUACCGUGAUUGACGUGCCGGGAAUCUUCCGUCUGCCUACGCCAGGCCUUACGACCGAGGCGGACGUCGUACUCGUCCGAAACAUUGUCAAGCGGUACAUGGAGCACAGCCGUACCAUCAUUCUCGCCGUUGUGCCGAGCAACGUCGAUAUCGCCACGCAGGAGAUCCUCCGGCUUGCCGAGGAGGCCGAUCCAGAGGGCGUGCGGACCAUGGGUGUGCUGACUAAGCCGGAUCUAGCAACGGAGCGGGCCACGCAGGAAGCGGUGGUCGAGCUGGUCGAGGGCCAGCGCAACCGGUUGAAGCUGGGCUACUACGUGGUCAAGAACCGCAGCGCCGAUGACGGCUCUUCAGACACGGCUGAACGGCUGGCAUCGGAAAAGGCUUUUUUCACAGCGCCGCCAUGGUCUCUGGUGGCCGACCGCUGCGGCAUCCCCCGGCUCAAGGCGCGGCUGCGCGAACUGCUGAUGGAGAUCACGCGCAGCGAGCUGCCGCAGGUCAAGGUGGAGAUCCGGAAGCUGCUGCAGGCAAGACGGGCACAGCUCAAGACCAUGGGUGAGCCGCGGGCCGACGCGAGCAGCCAGCGCCAGUACCUGGUGCACAUUGCGACGCGCAUGCAGAACAUCACCAGCCGGGCGCUGAAUGGAUUCUAUGCAGGCGAGGCCUUGUUUACGGAGAAGCCUGGGCUCCGGCUGAUCACAAAGGUCAUCAAGCUGAACGAGGCCUUUGCCGACACGUUCUGGCGUGAGGGCCACUAUCAGACGUUCGAAGAGGCGUCUGGCUCUAAGACGCCUGUCAGCGAAAGAAACAGCCAAGCAGAAGAAGCGGACGAGGAAGAUUUUGACGAGGAUAACAGCAGACAAGACUUUUUGGACAUUCCGGGCAAGGUACACGAAGACCUGAUCGACAUUGUAGACACGAGCUACCGCUGCCCUAAGCCGCUGGACGGACCGAUGACGCCGACGAUCCAGAAGGUCUACGAAAGCAACCGCGGGCCUGAGCUGGGAACUGUGAGCCUGCCACGUCUGUCUCUUUUUCAUCAUCUGGCCAAGCUGACAUCGCAGUACAACGGCACGAUCCUGGCGGCAGUGUUUGAGAUCCUGUCGCAGAAGUGGGAAGAACUCGCGCUAGCCCACACGAGCCGGGUCAUCAUCCUGGUGCACCAGUACCUGCAUGACCUGCUAGGCGAGGUGUGUCCAGACCGGGAGGUGCGACAGCAGAUCUGGGACGGCAUCCUGCGGGACGAGCUGAGCGAGCGGUACCGAGGCGCAAAGGCCCACGCGGAGGCACUGCUGGACGCCGAACGCAACACGCCACCGGCAACGUUUAGCCGCCGGUAUAGCGAGCUUCUGCAGGCCAAGCGGCAGGCGCGGCUGGCCGACAAGCUGUCGGGGCUGACGACGAAGUCCGAGGAGGACGAGCGCAGGUACGUGUCGCUGGAUGAGGUCGAGCGCCAAGUCCGGCCCAUGGACAUGAAUGAGCAGGUGUGCGAGGACGUGCUGGAUGCGCUCGGCAGCUACUACACGAUUGCGCGCGAGCGCUUCGUCGACACGCUGUACCAGCAGGUCGUGUACAACCUGCUGCUGGGCGGGAAACGUAGCCCGCUCAAGGUGCUGGACGCAGACCGCGUACUGGAUCUCAGUGAGGAACAGCUGGGCAUGAUCGCGGGCGAGGACGCGCUGUCGAGGGCGGAGCGGGCGAUUGUAGAACACGAGAUGCAGAGUCUGGAGGAGGCGAUGCGAGUGUUGAGGAGCUGA